AUGUUUAUAGAUGGACCAUACUUCUACGUUCCAUUUCCAAAGAAUCACCGCUUCACUGGACGCGAUCAGCUGCUAGAGGAGCUUAUUACCAAACUCUUUGCGCCCGAUAGCUUCCAAAAAGCGGCACUUUUCGGACUAGGUGGCGCCGGAAAAACACAAGUCGCACUCCAGGUGGCAUAUUGGACCAAGGAAAAGAAGCUAGGCUAUUCAGUCUUUUGGGUUCCAGCUCUAAGCGUUGCCACAUUUGAACAAGCCUAUACGGACAUCCUUAAAACAGUUGGAAUUCAGUGCGUUGACGGCGAGGAUGUGAAGCAAACUGUACAGACAUUUCUCAACUCAAAGGCCGCGGGAAAGUGGUUACUCAUCAUUGACAACGCCGAUGAUAUUGACAUCCUUUUCGAAUUCUCAGGGCACGAAAGAAACAUUUACAACUACCUGCCAACUACUGAUGAUGGUCGGAUAUUAUUCACUACUCGGACUCGAGAAGUCGCUACGUGGGUGGCUGGAAGCAAUUCGAUGGAGACGCCACAAAUGACUGAAGACGAUGCAACGGACUUCUUGAGGAAGUCACUGCAUCAGAACCUCUAUCCCGGCAACCAGGACAUAGCCCUUAAUGGCAAGGCGUUCGACAUGCAUAGCCUCGUCCAUAUGGCGACUCGGUUAUGGGGUGAAAAGCAAGACACUUUGCAAGAAGCGAAGCAAGACGCCAUUCUACAUAUGGACCGUAUAUUUCCAUCUGAUGACUGGGAUAACCGUGAGACUUGGAGAGAAUAUCUACCCCACGGACUUAAGCCUAUAGACAAGAUGGCCAGUGGUUCAUCGCUUGAUGCACUGAGCACCCCAACGAGGCAUAGGAUUUCAAACACCGAGCGACGCCUCAAGGAAGGCUUGGUAGCUGAAGCCGAGAUUUACAACCGAAAUUACAACCGAGCGAGCAUCUACGUCAAAAUGCCACAAAGCAGAUGCUUCAGCAUCGCAACUGUGUUCAUGGAUAGCCAAGAGGUCUAG